GACGCUGAGAUUUUGAAUGGAAGUCAACUGUGUAGCGCUUCUCAAGGACGUGAUGAACAAAAAUGAGGAUUCGGUGGAAAGACUCAACUCGGAAUUGAACAAUUGGGUUCUGGAGAUGAAACCGUAUGUCCUCAAACACCCCAACAAGACUGAGCGUCAGCACUGCGCCCUGUGGAUAAAGAAGCUGUGCGACCCGGCAACAUGCGGCUCAAGUCUUCCGGGUCACAAGAACCGCAAUCUGCACGCCCGUUUGCUUCUUCACAUGCUUCAACGAGGCGUCCUGGAAGGCCCGUUUGCCAGCAGACCACCUGCCGGCAGCCUCAAGACACUUCCCGCGUACAUGUCCAUUUACUUUGACGAGCCACUGAUUGGUCGGCCCGUGGACCACAGCGAAGCGACUCUGCCCGCCUGGGUGGCGGGAGAGCUGGACGACUGCGCCGAUGACAGUUUGGGUGCCGCCCUGCUGAAGGACAGAACCGCUUCCACGCCAAAUGCUGCUUUUACCAGGGCCAGCCAUUUGAAUGAGGAGAAGACCCCACGAGGAGAGAGCGCCUCCAGCCCACGCAAGUCUUCACCCAGACAUGAAGGCAGAGCGGGGGAUGCGGGGCAGAUGUCUCCCGAUGACGGCGACCCGGAGGCACGACUCAACAGCUGGAACCUGGAGUUCGAGAACCCGAGGUACUUGCGAGAAAAAACUAUGCCCCUGUCGCCGCUUUUCAAGUCCAGCCUGGUAAGGAACAGCGCCUUGACUGAUGAUGUGGACUUGCAGCUUUUGGAGAGCAAGGAGGUAGACAUGAGGGUGAAAGUUUUAGAGUCCAAGCAUCAGGAGGAGAAACUAAAACAGCAGCAGAAACACGAUGCAGAUGUCGACAAAAUUCUGCACCGACGGAAUGUGGAGAUUAGCGAGUUGAAGAGUCGACAUCGGGCCCGGCUGAAGGAAGCCGAAGAGAUGAUCCACAAACUGGAGUGGAAAGUUCAAAGUGUGCUGAAGGAAUCCCAGGUCAUCCGCGAGAGCAAAGACAAGCAGAUUGCCGAGCUGAAGAAGAUGACAGAUCAGAGCGCCGACUGCUUGAAAAAUGAGUGGGAGAAGAAGCUGCAUGCAGCGGUGGCCGAGGUGGAGAAGGAGAAGUUUGAAUUGCGGAAGAAGCACACCGACGACAUCCAGGAGCUGCUGGAGAACACCAAGAUGAGGCUGGUGAAGAUGGAGGCCGAGUAUAACGCUCGCUCACAAUCCCCCGUGCAAACGGCCCGCGAGCUGGAGCAGCAAGUGAAAAAGCAGCGUGCCGACGUGGAGAAGAGCAACGCGUCGCUUCAGAAGGUCACGCAGGAGAAGGCCCAGCUGGAGAGCCACCUUGCGGCCGUCGCUGCCCAACUGCAGGAGGCCAGCAGAAGAAUGACGGUCCUCCAGAAAGAGAAGGCUGAGCAGAGCGCGUUGUUUGAGGAGACUUUGCAGAAGUUCCAAGCCAAACACCAGGCCGAUUUGAACCAUUUACACCAGGAGCACGCUCUGUCUGCCGCCAAGGCCUCCGAGGUGAUGGAGGACUUUGAGAAAAGUAUUGCUCAGCUCAAUCAGCAGCUCCUGGUCAGUGAACAUCAGAGACAGACACAAGUUCGGGAUCAGGAUUUGAAGUUCCGGGAGGAAAAAGAUGAGCUGCAGAUCAACUAUGACAAAAAGGUUCUGGCGCUGCACAAUGAGGUGGAGAAAGAGCGAACACAGUCCAAGAGGAAGAUAGCCAAACUAGAGGAUGCACUCAGAGACGCGGCGAACCGGCUGGACCGAACCGGAGAGAGCCAUCUUGUGCGCCUCCAACAGGCCGACACGGCGCUGGAGCAAUUCAGGAGGCAGGUGAAGCUCAGCUCCGAGAAGGCCGAGGCUGAACUCAAGCUCCAGAUGGAGAAGGUGGAGGAGGACCUGCAGCACUCCAGGUGUCUCCGUGAAAAUCAGUCCAAGGAGUUCUCGCUACAACUCGACACCCUCCGACAAAAAUACGAGCAGCAGAUGGCUGAGCAGCGCGUGCAGCACGAGCAGGAGAGGACGCGCCUGCAACAGCGGCAUUGCGCCGAAAAGGACAGCCUGGUCCAGGAGCGCCAGCGGGAGGUGAGCAGCCUGGAGAGCCAGGCAAGGGCCGCCCUGCAGACGCACCAGCGGCACACCCGGGAGUGGAGGAAGCGUGACGGCCAGACAAUUUCGGAGUUGGAGGCCCAGUUGUCGUGUUUGCGCGAGGAGCUCCAGGUGGCCCGCGUCCAGCACAAGCAACAGCUGGCCGAGAUGGCCGCGCUCCGCGAGGAGGAAAAGCAAAGGGCUCACCUGGACAAAGAGACGCUCCGCUGCGACACGGAACGCCUCGUCCGUGACUUUAAGAGAAGGCAGCAGCAGGAGAAGGAAGCGGCCGAAGAGAAGACCAACAGCAGGUUGAAGCACAUUGAGAAGGAGUACAGCCAGACGCUUGCCAGGUCUGCACAGAUAAUUGCGGAGCUCCAACAGUCGGUGUGCAGCUGGAAGGAGGAGGCCGUCGGUCUGCAGCAGGCGAUGAAGAGGCAGCAGGAGGAGGCCAACGAUCGAUGGGCGCAAGACAGGAGAAAUCUAACCCGGCGGGCCGAGCAGGCCGACAAGGCCCUGCGGGAGAAGACGGAAAGUCUACAGCGGCGGCUGCGCAGCGCCGAGAAGACUCUGCUCGGCAAAGAGCUGGAGAGCCGAGAGAAGGUCACGGCGGUGCGUCAGGAGUACGAGGACAAAAUUAAAGGUCUGAUUCCCGCCGAGCUCCGACGGGAACUGGAGGAUACCAUCGCGUCGCUCAAAGCUCAGGUAACCCCAAAAGCGGGACAGCGGUCCAGGAGACACGAAGACGUCCAAUCAGAUGUGAGCAUUGAUCGUUCCGAGCGUUUCCGCAUCAUCAUUUUGGAUGAUGUUGGCGUGAUUCAUUUUGUUGUGACACACUCACCGGCCUCAAUAUUAGGUACACCUACGCAAUCUUAAUGACAUCAAAUACGAGGAGGAAAACAAAUCUCAGUAUUUAUAGAACUGUGUGUUUGUUAGAGCAAAAUGGGCCAGAAUUGUGUCAUUUAUCAAUUUUAACAAAGUUGUGACCAUUUCUUUUCACAUAGAUUACAUUUUAAGCUUAAAUUGAGCUUGCCUUUUUGUUGAAAACAAGCUUUUUAGUUAGCCAAACGUUUGCUUAAUCACAUAAUUGCCUAAGUCAUUUUUGUAGGUUUUCGGGAAACAAAGAAUUCAGGAUACGACAACGGUCUCGUUGUCCAUUCAACCUUUGUGGAUGACCAUAACCUGGAAGACUGAAAAUAUAGACAGACAUAAAGAUAAAACGAAACACAAUUGUUAGCAAGCACAUGUAACAUUUUUAUUGAUUAAGUUAAAAAUGACAUCGACAAUUAUGCUAUUCGGCUAGUGAAAUUUUUGCUCAUCUUAAUGUAUACGGUGGACCCCCGCCCGCAUAUUCGUGCUUUGGCAUUUGUGCAUUCGCCUAUUGGCGGAUUUGUAUGGGCAAGCGAUCCCCCGUUAUUCACAGAAACGUUGCUUAUUGAUGUAAUUUUAUUUUUUAUUCCCCCCCCCCACCCCCCAAUCCUCUGUUUAUUCGCGUUUUUUGCUUCUGGGGGGGAUGACUGAAAAAAAAAAAAAAAAACAGUUUGAAUGCAAUGAUCGUGAGCAUCAGUUAUUUGCGGAUUUUUGCGAUGUAACCACUUGAUUUGCCUGCACUGGCUGCAUGUAUGAUGCAGUGAACUUAUAUGUACGAUACUAUAUCGAUUAUUCAACAGAAUUUAAAUUUUGUUGUUUACAUUAACUAAUACAAUUCUGUGGAACAGGUUUAAGUUAAAAAAAAAAAAAAAAAACUCAGUCAGUUUUUUGUGUACAAAACUUUGUUUCCUUUUGUCUUGAAAUUGUUUUUUUCAAUUACAUUUUAUAUUCAAUUCCAUUAAUAGUUCUAUUUUUUCAAUUUUUUAUUUAAUUCCAUUAUUAUUUCUAUUUUUUUAUGCAGCUCAGCUUUGGAUCCUAAAACAUUUCCAAGGUUUACUUACUGAAGUGUC